UGGCCCCAGGUUACCCCUACACCCGGUGAUGUGUAAAUUCAAAGGAAACAUGGAUUUAGCUUAUCCAGGUGUAUUGAAAUUGGAUCCUAAAGAUAUACCAUGUGAAUGUGAUUUGAUUAUUUACACUAGAUUUUCAAUUGAUUUGAAAUCCCGAUUGAAUAUAGAUAAAGAGCUCAUUCAACAAGUAGUAGCUUUAAAAAAACCCGUCAUUUUAGAACUCAAUCACGAAACUAGAUCCGCUCAUUGGGGAUCUUUAUUAAAGCCUUCUAAGCAAUAUAAAGAGACGAAAGUAUUGCGUGACUUUGCAUCAGCCAAUAAUAUAAGUGGAUUUCUUAUUGCAGAACUGUUUGUUGAUGAUGAUAAU